CUUAGCGGCGGCCACAUGUCAUAAAACGCACGUGCCCUUUGACUCUAAUGGGUAAUGACUCGACGAAGCUUCUAAAACCCCCCUUCUCUUUAUCAGCCCUAAUCUAUCAGCAUUCAGCAAUCCCUUUGAAUCAAGUCAAUUUCGAUCCCAUUCCACUCUCAGCUAAACUAAUUCAGUGAGGAAACUGGAAACUGAAAUGCCAGCUGUUCGGCAUUUUGCUCGAGUUAACACUUUAGAGAUUAAAUCUCAUAUUGAAAGGAAGCUCGGACGUACAAAAUCAACGACAUAUUUUGAUUUCCUCACAAGAUUUUUAAAUGGUAAGAUGGACAAAUCUGAGUUCGAUAGACUCUGCAUUGGUACAAUAGGGAUACAAAAUAUGCGUCUUCAUAAACUUCUUAUCGUAUCAAUGCUCAAAAAUGCAUGUGUUGCAAAGACUGCCCCAUCGAAAGUGACAAAAACUGAUGGCUCUUUCAGUGACAAAUUGGCUAAUGGGUAUCAAAGAAAAUGUCUCCAGAAAGUUGGGAAAGAUUCUCCUCAAUCCCCUCUAAAGGGAAAGACACCAAAUCUUCAUGAUCCCAAGUUUAAGGAUGGAAAUUGCCAUAGUAUUGUAUGUGAAGAUUCAGUCCCAAAUAUUCAAGAACAGCAGAGUGCCACUGAGUUGCUUUCUUUGGGUAGCAGACCCCCAGCCUCUGUGGAAGAAGGGGAAGAGGUUGAACAGGAUGCUGCCAGUCCAAGCAUUUAUAGUAGGAGCCCUGUUAGAGCUCCUCUUGGCAUCCCCAGAAACAACAAUAAGACACAGAAAGUACCACAAAGUAGAUUGGGUUGUGAUUAUUACACUGAGAUUUGUGAAAAAGGCUGUCAGCUACCUGAUACUAGUUCUUUAAAGAAGAGGUUGGAACAAAAGUUGGAGAAGGAGGGAUUAAAUGUCUCAGUAGAUUGUGUCAAUUUGUUGAACAAUGGCCUUGAUGUUUACUUGAAAAGAUUAAUAAAGCCUUGUUUGGAACAAGCUGGUUCACGGUCCAGCCACAAACAUAUAGACCAAGGGCAUGGAUCUUCUAUACUCCGAUUAAAUGAAACAUUGCCAGUGAGAUGUACACAGAAUUUGAGUGCAUCCACUUCUGCAUCCUUGUCAGACUUUCAAAUUGCAAUGGGGUUAAAUCCCCAAAUUCUUGGGGUAAAUUGGCCAACACACCUUGAGGAGGUUUACUUGUAUGCAACAAGAAGAUUGAAGAUUCACAAAUAUACAAGUUGAUUUUGAGUUAUUGCAGUUAUGAAGUAUAUGCUAACAUUGAUCUUGACUGCUGAAGUACACGAGUAUAAAGGCUUCCUAAGUUUUGGAUCCACUUGAGUAGAUUGUAUAUAGGACAUAAUGCUGAUUGUUUCUGGGGUUGGACUGGAUGACUUAUUUAAGUUUUAAAUAUUUGACUCCUGUAGUAAUGUAAUUACCAAAAGUAGGUCAGUGGCUAUUUUGAUAUCCAUAGUGUAUUUGUUCACUGAUAAACAUUUCCUUUAUAAAUCUCUUUCUUAAA